GGGGAAGGAGGAGGAGGAGGAGGAGGAAGCGGAGAGCGGGGAAGCCCUGGAGAAGCGAAGCCGGCCUUGCCCUCCCCCCCGCUCCCCCGGCGGGCGCGAUCCGCUGCCAUCCUCCCUCCACGUUCUCUCCGAGACCGGCCCGGCGAGAGGAUUGAGAAGCUGAGAGGCCGCUUCCUCCCGACCGCUAAGCAUUGGGCGCCCAGCAUGGCAGGAGCUGGCGGUGGCGGGAAUGACAUUCAGUGGUGUUUUUCUCAGGUGAAAGGCGCUGUGGACGAUGAUGUAGCGGAAGCUGACAUAAUAUCUACAGUAGAAUUUAAUCAUUCUGGAGAAUUGCUAGCGACGGGAGACAAAGGCGGUAGAGUUGUCAUAUUUCAACAAGAGCAAGAGAACAAACUACAGUCUCACAGCAGAGGUGAAUACAAUGUUUACAGUACCUUCCAAAGUCACGAACCAGAGUUUGACUACUUGAAAAGCUUAGAAAUUGAAGAAAAGAUCAACAAAAUUAGGUGGUUACCCCAGAAAAACGCUGCUCAAUUUUUAUUGUCUACGAAUGACAAAACAAUAAAACUAUGGAAAAUCAGUGAGAGAGAUAAGCGGCCGGAAGGCUACAACUUAAAAGAAGAAGAUGGCCGGUAUAGAGACCCCACAACAGUCACUACUUUACGGGUGCCAGUAUUUAGACCCAUGGAUCUCAUGGUGGAAGCCAGUCCUCGAAGAAUAUUUGCCAAUGCUCACACGUAUCACAUCAAUUCUAUCUCCAUUAAUAGUGAUUAUGAAACAUACUUGUCCGCGGAUGACUUGAGGAUUAAUUUGUGGCAUCUAGAAAUCACAGAUAGAAGUUUUAAUAUCGUAGAUAUUAAGCCUGCCAACAUGGAAGAGCUGACGGAGGUAAUAACAGCAGCCGAAUUCCACCCAAACAGCUGCAAUACUUUUGUGUACAGCAGUAGCAAGGGAACUAUUCGCCUGUGUGACAUGCGUGCCUCGGCGCUCUGUGACAGGCAUUCGAAAUUAUUUGAGGAGCCAGAAGAUCCAAGCAGCCGAUCCUUUUUUUCAGAAAUCAUCUCCUCCAUCUCUGAUGUCAAAUUUAGCCAUAGUGGUCGAUAUAUGAUGACUAGAGAUUAUCUGUCUGUGAAGAUUUGGGAUUUAAAUAUGGAAAACCGACCUGUGGAAACGUACCAGGUACAUGAAUACCUCAGAAGUAAACUUUGUUCGCUCUAUGAAAAUGACUGCAUUUUUGACAAAUUUGAGUGCUGCUGGAAUGGGUCGGAUAGCGUCGUCAUGACUGGCUCCUACAACAACUUCUUCCGAAUGUUCGAUAGAAACACCAAGCGUGAUGUCACAUUAGAAGCUUCUCGGGAAAACAAUAAGCCUCGUACGGUUUUGAAACCCCGUAAAGUCUGUGCGAGUGGCAAACGGAAGAAGGACGAGAUAAGUGUUGAUAGCUUAGACUUCAACAAGAAGAUCCUCCACACAGCCUGGCAUCCCAAGGAAAACAUAAUUGCUGUAGCCACUACAAACAACUUGUAUAUAUUUCAAGACAAAGGGAUUUAGGGUAGUGGUCCGAUCAGAGGAGUUCACUUCCUGUCUAGUUCAGAUAGGUGAACUUAGCAUUUGUAAACAAUAUAGGGGAAGAAAUGGAGCCAGAGAGAGAGAAGUUCGUUGCGGUGCACCUUCCCCAGUGUUUAAACAAUGUGCCAUAGUGACAACUCAUUUUUUCUAGAUAGCUACAUGGAUGGUCUCUCUCUAUCUAUCUCUCUCCCUCUCUGUCUUUCUGUCUCUCUCUCUCUGUUUCUCUCUUUCUCUCUCCCUCUCUCUUUUUCUGUCUUUGCUGGGCAGUUCUCCACUAGCCAUUUAGGUGGGGGGUAGGGCACUUUUUAACAUAAAAUGACUACUUGCACCAUCUCACCAAAUGGACUAGAGAUUGGAUCAUUGUCAACAUUGGGUUCCUCCAAUUUUUUAUGCCUUCCAUUGUGAUGACGUCAGCCACAGAGCAAAGCCUUCAAGUAAUGCUGUGGGAUUUCAUUGUGUAACCUCAUUACUGUAUUAUUUGUGCCCCCCCUUUUUUUUAAUUAAAUAACAGCUUGUUCUUGCUGUGGCUUGUAGCAUUCCUCUUAUGUCUCCUGGACUCCUUCUCCCUUUUACAAUCCCUUUCUCCAGCCCUGUGGUGGUGGUGGUGGUGGUAUCUAGAGAAGAAGAAGAAGGGAAAAAAAAUGAAAAGCACAUGAAAUGGAUCGGUGGUCAAGGGGAAGGAAAAAAGGGUCUCUUGCAAAGAGUAAAAUGUUUUAAUGAAAUGUUGACUGCAAUCACUCCUUGACAUGUCUGGCGCUGAAAAUGAAAAAGGAAAAAAAAACGUAAGGGGGAAAAAUAUACUGAAUAAAAAUGUCGAAUAAUG